AUGAUUGAAAUCACUUGUAAUGAUCGGCUUGGAAAGAAAGUGCGAGUGAAGUGCAAGUAUCCUUUUACUUACCAGCCCGGCCUUUAAUCUUUUAUUGUACUAGUCAAUGAGUUUUUUAUUAUCCAGACAGCCCUUAAAUUGCGUUGAUCAAUGGUAUGUUUUUUAACAAGAUUUUAUGAGAAAAUGCUGGUUUUUAUACAGAUGUAAUUGGUAUAAAUGUUGAAUAUUUAUGAGUUGAAGCUUAAACAGUUAUCAAUGAAGUUGCAAUAGAAACAAGUUUUCCUUGUAUUCCUACUAUUCAAGAAAGUGAUAGGAGAGGGGGCUCGAGUCCUGUGUGAUAUAGUUUUGGCCUAGUGGGUUGGCACUUAUUCGAGGGGUUGAGGAGGCUUAUUAGAGUGUGUGCUGUGUGCUUAGCUGCUUAUUCGAGGAAAUAAGUUAUGAAGUUAUUUGCAGUCCAGGUGAGGACCAGGUUCCCCAAAAGGCUUGAUAGAUAGUCAAGUUUAAACCCAGGUUUAAGCUAGAUUUUAAGAAAAUGUUUUUGUCCGGGAACAUGUAACCGGAGUGUAUAAAAUGAUUGAUUCAGGUUUUAGUCUAAGAUCAGUAAUGACAACACAAAAUGAUUCUUUAAAACAAUGUAAAGGAACCUGUCUUGAAAGGUAGUCCUCUCUAUCCCUGAGAUAAUUAUGCUGAGUGAUAUAUAAUGAUAAUUUUCUCUGAUUUCAUGCUGCUUCAAAAAAAGAAUAUGUGUUGCAGACUUUCCUCUCAAAACACACCCUAGCUGUCUGAAAUGCAUCAGGCUGUCAUUAAUUUUAUUUUACAGUUACUGGUUGAACUAUUCAAUGUUACAAGUUCAACUACAUGUGCAACAGGUUUCUGAUAAUUCUUGACUCAUAAUCUAGUCCAGAUGACACAGUGGGAGAUUUGAAAAAACUGAUUGCAGCUCAGACCGGAACAAAAUGGGACAGAAUAAUACUGAAAAAAUGGUAUGUGUUCUGGUUACCAAGAUAGUUCAGUUUGCUGAGCCUGUUAAUUAGAUAAACAAAGUAGCAUAAAUAAGUCCAUUAUUUUGUCCCUUGUCUUGCUUUCUUGCAGGUACACCAUAUUUAAGGACCAUAUAACACUUGAGGAUUGUAUCUUUUGAUAAUGUUCCCAUAUGAAAUUUAUCAACUCCAUCAAUCUGCUACAGUGGCAGAUCCAAACCUUCAGAUAAGGGGGUGGGGUACGGUCAUCCAGAGGGGGGGGGGGGGUCUCCCAAAAAUUUUUUUUCGGCCCUUCAUGGCCUCAUUUUGGCCCCACCCCUGGAUCCGCCACUGUGGUUACUAUUAACCCUUUAAGCUCCAAGGUCCACAUUCAAAUUCUCCAGGCUGAUCUCUAUACCUCCCUUUUAAGAUAAGUUUGGAGAAUUUGGUUAAAGAUCAAGUGUUUUCAUUUAGGUGAUCAUGUUAAUGUUGUUAAGAGAAAAUUGAUGUUGGCCACUCUUGGGACUUUAAUGGUUAAGUGUGUCAAGUAGGAUUUAAUGAAGAGAUUGAUGUUUGAUGGCCUGCUUGGCAACCAGCUGAAAUGUUAGAGCUGAGGGUCUUUUCCAGGGAUUGGGUCUUUCAAAGUUUUAAAAAUCAUUUCACUCAACCUUAAUUUAUGAGUUUUUGAAAAAAUGUGAUUUCUGACAGGCUACUAGAUCCUCCUUCCUAAUUGUCCUAUGUUACCUUGUAAGACAACAGAGAAUUAUUUGGGGCAUGUUAUUGAUAAUCAUUUAUGGCUUUUCUGCUUGCACUUCUUCAGUAUUUAAAUAAUCCUUCUUAAAGGGUUGAAAGAUGGAUGUAAUGCUUGGAGUUGCAGAAAAAGAUCACUUAUCUACAUUUGCAAGUUACCAGAUACUUUGCAUAAAUACAUAACUGAUUAAUAAUUUUGCAGUUCUAACAAUCUUGUAGUUUAGUCACCUUUGUUGGUGUUUGCCUUAUUUAUUCCUUGAUCAUAACUAUCUCAGAUGAAAUUCAUGAUGGAAUGAACUUGGAGCUUUACUAUAAUUAGACUUUCCCUCCUGACUGUAAGCUGUUGCAAGAGCUGACCCAACUGCUCGAUAAAACAACAUUUCCAGAGCACCAAACAACAGUGACUUUAAGACUUUGGAUGGAUGUUUACAUGAACUGUUUCCUUGAAUAACAAUUAGGAUUGUUAUUUUUUAAAGGCUUAGCCAUGUGGAAAUGUUGUUACUUUUUUAAUACCAGUUCUUUCAUUAAUUCCUAUGUUAACUGUAAACUAUACAUUAAUGUAGAUUCAUCUUUGUUGUACUGAAAUAUUGUCUAGAAAGAUGUUUGAUUUUGCUCUGAAGACAAAAAAUGAAUUGAAUAACUCAGUGAAUUUCAUUGAUAUUCAAAAAGUUAUUCAGUUAUUUAAAACACAUAGCUAAUAGUUAUUGGC